UUUUCGAUUUUCGUAAUUUUACAUGGCGCCCGAGCAGGGACUACAAAAAAGACUUUGUUGAUUGUUAAUUAAACAUAAAGAAAUUCAAUUAUUGCAGUUGAUAAGUUUAAUUAAUUUCACACCUUGUUGGCAGCUGAGUGCAUAUAAUUAUAAACACAUUCGUUUGCGUUGUUUCGUUGCUGGCCUUUGGAUUUAUGGAUCAGUCAGAAGUCAACAGCUCUUCUGAUGAACAGCUUCAUCGCAAGGCGUGGCGUUCCACUUCGGAUGUAUUCGGACAACGCCACCAACUUCGUCGGGACAAACAACGUACUCAAGGAGCUACAGAUGGAGUUCACGAAGCAGCAGGAGAAACUGCAGUUGUUCGCGUCGGAGAUGGGGAUGGAAUGGCACUUCAUCCCUCCUCGAGCCCCACAUUUCGGAGGGCUGUGGGAAGCCGCGGUGAAAUCCGCAAAGCAUCUCCUCGUCCGGCAAAUGGCCAACGCGUCACUGACGGAAAGCGAGGUCAGAGCUCAUCUGGCAGAUGUCGAGGCCAUCCUCAACUCGCGGCCUCUCACUCCACUCAGCUCCGAUCCCAACGAUGGCGAGGCUCUAACGCCGGGCCAUCUUCUAAUCGGGGCAAGCCAUACGUUCGCUGCCGCAAGGAUCCGUGCCAGACAGGCCCAACAAAGAGCUGACGUAUUUGCGACGGUGGCAAAUGUUAUCCACGCUCAGACAGCGGUUUUGGCUCGCGUGGUCGAAGGACUACAUCCACAACCUCCAAAUCCGCACCAAAUGGAAGUCUCCACAGCCCGGCUUGGAGGUCGGAUGCCUCGUCCUGGUUCACGAGGACAACACGCCACCUCAGCGGUGGAUAACUGGAAGGGUCGCAGGCGUAACCCGAGGAACAGACGGCCAAAUACGGGUGGCCGAAAUUAG